AUGAGGAAACCGGCAGGUGGUAGCGAAGCAUAUUGGAAAUGGCGUUGGGAAUUCAUGAAGAGGAACUGGACUCGUUGGCGAAAGUUUUUGCUGGCGGGUCGCCAGUCAGGGAUGACUUACUACCCAGCGUGCCCGGAACCCGAGAGAGCAAGAGGGCAUGACGCCGCAUGCGCGACGCCACGGGAUCACCCUGUUGACGGAGUGCGGCAACGCGCUGGCCUUCAGGUCCUUAGAAAGGACAACCGCUGGGUCACAGCUCCGCCCGUUCCCGGCACCAUCGUCGUGAAUUUAGGCCAAAUCAUGGUGGAGGUUUACAGCAAUGGCACGUAUAGAGCACCUGAUCACAGAGUGGUGGUGAACAAAGAGAAGGAGAGGGUGUCCAUAGCAACCUUUUGCAAUCCCAGCCCGUCUCUUCCGGCUGGACCUUCACAGCUCCCGCAGCCACCGGGCUCCCCCUAUCUUCCAAACCCUCUCCAGCUCUGA